AUGAAGGUCGCCACCAACGCAGCCACGCACCUCUCCGCUUUUGUGCAGGGCUGCACCAAAGGCCUGGACUUGAAGUUCCGGAUCCGUGCCCGGAACGCUGUGGGAUGGGGCAAGUACAGCACAGAGGUGACAACAGUGUGUGCAUCUUAUCCUGCAAAGAUGGCCGCGCCGCUUCGAUCCACCUCUACUCGCACAUCGAUCACCGUGGUGUGGAGUCCGCCUGACAACAUGGGUGCUUCUAUCACCGGCUACCGCUUGUACCAGGCUCUGGAGGGCGGCGCCUAUUACUUGAUCUUCGAGGGCAAUGCUUUGGCAUACGAGUCUCUGAGCCUGACGACCAACUUCACGUACCAGUACCGGGUCACGGCCUUGAACGCAGCAGGUGAAGGACCUCAAUCAGAUACGGCUUCGAUGCUGUGUGCGGGUCAAGCAGGGAAACCCACCAUGGUCACCUUCGCGGACAACUCCCGCACGGAAACUGUGGUGAGUUGGACGCCGCCUUCUGAUGAUGGCGGAUCCCCCAUCAUACGAUACGAGGUGUGGUACCGCGAUGGUCUUGACUCUGGAGCACUCGACAAGCUUGCUUGGAGCGGCACAGGGACCAUGUCAGACGUCAUUGUCUUUAUUAUCGGAGCAGCUCUUCAGAUCCAAGUGGCAGCAGUGAAUUUGAUGGCUGAGCAGCAUGGCUUGCCGGGUACCCGCAGUGACGUGCAGAUCUACUACUCUGCCGAGCUGUCCACGGCACCCGCCAAUCUAUAUCUAUCAGCCUCCACUCUGGUCUCCGUGACCUUGGCUUGGGAUGUGCCCACGGACACGGGCGGGUUGCCGGUGCUGGGCUACAAGGUCUACCUGGACGACGCUCUGGGAGGGCCCCUGGUGGAGGAGUACUCCGGCACAGCGACCACCUUCCAAAAGAUCGGCUUGGCCACAGGCUAUACCUACCGCUCAGAGGUGAAAGCGUUCACCGCCAAGGGCGAAGGUCUGCCAGCCGUCAUGAGCGUCUCCCCGUGCAACGAGCCAGGUGCCGUCGGGAACCUGCGCGUCCUGCAGCGCACAGGCUCGCUGAUCCGACUGGGAUGGGAUCCGCCAACGGACACAGGGGAGUGCCCAAUCUUGGGAUACAUCGUCAUGGCUGGCACAUCCACGGCCACCUUGGUCAAGAUUGGGACGACGUCCUCGGUGCUGGAAACCGCCUUCAACUACGUGCCCGCCAGCCCUGAUUUGGCCUUCGCCUUCCGAGUCCUGGCGGAGAACUUCAAGACUCAGGUCUCAGCCAGCUUCUCCGGGGCCGGAACAGAUCUCUACGUCAUCGGUGCAGCGGCCCCAAUUGCCCCUACCAACCUGGUGCGCACGGGCGGCUCUUCUGGCAGCAUCUCACUGUCAUGGACUGCGCCGACAGAUGAUGGCGGCUCACCCAUCACCAAGUACUAUGUUGAGAGGAACGAUGGGUUGGGUGGCACUGAUUUCAUCGAUGCCACCAGCGGCACAGACAUGCCUACGACGACCACUUACACAGUGACCGGCUUGACAUUGGGCUACUAUUACGUCAUCAAGGUUGCUGCCGUGAACCGUGUCGUGGAGACCAAUGCAUUGACGGACAUAGUGCCCAACUACGCAGAGGCCAACAUGUACUCCGCCGCUGCUCCUGAUCCGCCUGGCGCGCCGGUGGUGGUGGCGUCCACCCGCACUCAGAGUGGGCUGCAGGUGUCGUGGACUCCGCCGGCCAGCUCUGGCGGCAUUCCACUCCUGGGCUACAAGCUCUACAGGAACAAUGGAGCAAACGACCCCAUCAACAUCGUGCUCUGGAACGGUCAGGGUCAGCCGCAGAUCACAUCCUUCACUGCGACUGGGCUCACAGGGGGGCUCAUCUACAAGUUUGCGGCGACCGCAUUGAAUUCUGCUGGCGAGUCAUUGCAGUCCACCGAGACACUGGUACCUGGCGGGACCGUGCCAGCGCAGAUGGAUGCCGUGGUCCGUGAUACCAGCGUGAAUCGUACCACAACGGCUGUGGCCUUGUCGUGGUCUGCGCCAACGAAUGAUGGGGGCUCCCCAGUUACAGGAUAUGUUUUGUCCUAUGACAGCGGCGAUUAUACAGACUUCUCCAACAAUAGGACAUACAGCAGCACUACCUUGUAUGACUCCAUCGAUUCACUGCCAGAGGGGAAAUUCCUGCGAUUUGUGGUGUAUGCUGAAAAUGCUAUUGGCCUUUCCCAGGCCAGCCCAGUUUUCCGCACACAGGUGUGUGCCUUGCCGGACCCUGUGGACAGCUUCACAGCUUCUGAGCACACCGACAACUCGGUGAAGCUUGCUUGGGUACCUCCCACCUCAACAGGCUGCGUGGGAGCCUUGAUCACCGGCUACAAGGUCUACAUGCGGCAGGGGACCAACCCAUACUCCCUGGUGCACAACGGUGGGCCAUCUGUGCUCUUCCACGUGCAGCAGGGCCUCAGCGCAGGCACCACCUACGGCUUCAUGGUGUACGUGUGUUCUGCUGACAACUGCGACGUGGGGUACCCCACAGGCGGCCUACAGGUCACAGCCGGAUAUACACCCAGCUUUGGAGCUGACCCUCUGACGCUGGUGCGAGCCGAGCAGACAGCCAUCGAGCUUUCCUGGUCUGCGCCCUCUGGGCUGCCUAUUCUCGAGUACGAGUUGUUCUUUGACAGCGGAGCUGGCACCGGUGGCAGCAUCAUCACCUCAAUCUACGCUGGAACUGCGCUGACCCACAGGGAGGACACGCUGAACACCGGUUCCACCUAUCGCUUCCAGAUACGUGCCAGAAAUGCGAAUGGCUUCGGGCCGUUCAGCGGGAUCUCAUCAUUCGCUGCCUCAGAAGCACCUGGGGUUCCUCAAAGCUUUAGGUAUGUGACAUCAUCCACCUACACCCUACAGGUUGGAUGGGACACGCCUCCUACCGUCCACACCAACGAAGCCAGCAUCGUCCGCUAUGAGGUGGAUUGGAACGACCAGACAAUCAUGUCCAGCGUCCAGUCAAUGACCACAUCUCCGGCAUUCAAGGUUGCGAGCCCCACGGUGCCUCUCACCGCUGGCAACACAUACCGCUUCCAGGUGCGUGCUUGCAACAUCAACGAGUGCGGCGGCUGGUCUUCGCAGUUGGACCUGGUAUGUGGCGGCUUGCCAGAGGCGCCUGCCUCCCCAUACGUCAUCUCCUCUUCAUUGACGGACAUCACGCUCGGGUGGGACUUCGUCGGCAAGGACAAUGGCGGCGUUCCUUUGACGCACUACAACAUCAAAGUCUCCAUGGACGGCGGCACCACCUAUGCUGUGGCAGGCAGCACCGCUGAUGCUUCUGUCUACAGCUUCACCUACAACUGUGGCUCAUCGCAGAUGUUCUUCUUCAAGGUUGCAGCUGUCAAUGGUGUUGGUGGAGCGAGUGGCGAGGGAGCCGAGUCUGAUCCUCAAGGCAUCUACUGCGCUCCGCCACCAGUCACACCAGCAGCCCCGGGCCUGAGCGCCAGUGCCUCCACGGUGACGGUGCAGCUGUACCAGCCCAACGCGGUGCAGCUGAGCACAUCGCAGCACACCGGCUGGCGCAUCCUGAUCGACGACGCGAAUGAUGCUGACAAUACCUACGACGAGAUACCAGUGUACGAUACGACAAUCCUGCAGUACACCAUCACAUCUGGCAUUGUGACCGGCAACUACUAUCGGGUGAAGCUAAAGCUUUGCUCCAUUGCCGGCUGCAGCACAGAGUCGGACGUCGGCGGGCCCAUCAUCGCAGCUUCUCCCCCUGCGGCACCAGCUCCUGUCUAUGCAUCUGCGUCAACGGACAGCUCGCUGACUGUUGCCUGGGAGUUUUCGGGAUCAAAUGGAGGGGCCAUCAUUCAAGGCUGGUAUGUGUAUGUGUCCACAGAUGGGGAAACCUGGCCUGCGGAAACUGCACCAUCACACACUGUCGCCAAUGUGAACAUCAUGCAGUACAUGGUUGACUGCACUGCAUACUCUGCGAGCCAGAGUAUGUUGUGGGUGAAAGUCGCUGGCUACAGUUUGGCUGGCACUGGCACACUUUCAGCAACGCUGGCCUCGCGAUGCUCUGCAGCACCAGACACCCCGGCGCAGCCCACCAUUGUCAGCUCCAGCUCCUCUCACGUCACCGUGGGAUGGACAAACCCCACCACAAGCGAGCUGCACAAUGCCUUGCAUCAGGGCACCAAGGUGCAAUUCGACGAUGGAGCAGGUGGACCCUUCACCAGCGUGCUGCUGACGGAUACUCUUCAGGUUCAGUACACCAAGACGGGCGUCUCGGCAGGGCAAACCUACAGGUUUCGUGUGCAGACCGUGUCGGAAACCGGCGAGAGCGCCACUUCCUCGAUCUUGUCAGCUGUGGCUGCCUCGGCCCCUGAUGCUCCGGUGGUUUCCAUCGUGUCCACCUCCGACAGCGCACUUGUUUACAGCGCGCAGCUACUGGGCUCGACAGGUGGCACGCCAAUCACAAGCUGGAAUGUGUACGCCUCCGAUGACGGGAUUACAUAUCCAUCAUCGGCAACCGACACCUUGGCCGCAGCCUUCACCUCGUACUCGCUGGACUGCACCAACUUCGGAGGUGUCAACCGCGCCUUUCAGUACUUCUGGGUGAAAAUGGCAGCUGUGAGCAGCGCUGGUGAGGGUGCCAUGUCGUCGGCGGUGAAGAGUCGGUGUUCAGCGGCUCCUGGCACGCCCUUGGCUCCCGGCAGAACCGCUUCCACCGCCACCACCAUCACCAUCAGCUUCGACACGAACGGCCUGAAUGGGGCAUACCUUACCGGCUUCAAGGUGUACACCGACGACGGCAACAAUGGCCCUUGGUCGAUUGACACCAUCACGGAUACGACUCAGCGAACCUUCACCAAGUAUGGUCUCUCUGCUGGCCUGUCCUAUCGCUUCAAAGUCCAGGUGGUCUCUGAAGUGGGCACGAGCGCGUCAUCCCCGAUUGCGACGUAUGUGUCUGCAGCCACACCUGACCCGCCCGUGGUUUCUGUGUCCAGCUCCACCAAUACGCAGAUCGACCUGGCUUGGACACCAGGAUCAGAUGGCGGAUCACCAGUCACUGGCUGGCUGGUCUAUGGGUCGCAGGAUGGCAUCACCUGGAGUGAUGCUAGCAGUCCGCAGUACAGUGUGUCAAGUGGAUCGACCUACACACAGGCUAUCGACUGCACAGACAACACCAAGUGGGGCGGCGGAACUGUCUCGCUGCAGUACGUGUACUUGAGGGUGUCGGGUGUCAACGCCGCGGGCACCGGCGUGCCCUCCAACUCCUACCGAUGGCGCUGCUCGGAGAAGCCAGGAGCUCCGGCGGUGCCCGCAAAGGUGUCAGGCACGUCAAGCUCGGUCACUAUCUCGUAUCUCCCCACGACCCUGAACAACGCCGUGCUGAUGGGGUACCUCAUCAUGUACGACGAUGGUCUCAAUGGGGCCUUCACGGAGGUGUACGUGACCUCCACCUCGCAGACACAAUACACAGCAGCUGGUCUGACAGCUGGCUUGGACUAUCGCUUCAAGCUGAAGGUGGUGUCUGAAGUCGGGCAGAGCGAUGAGUCGCCGGUCCUCUCCGUGACUGUGGGUGCUGAUGCGGAUCCUCCCAGUUCGCCAUACUACGUGUCCUCGGCCAACAACAACCAGCUUACGGUGGGCUGGACAUUCCCAGGCUCAGAUGGUGGCGUUCCCAUCACUGGAUGGAACAUGUACUAUGCCAUUGGCUACGCCGAUUCCAACUGGCCUGAUGUCAAUCUCCCCUCAGUUCAAACGGCUGUCGGCACUCAGCAGGUGACGGUAGACUGCACCAACAUCAAUGGUCAGGAUAGGUCGCUGAACUUCAUCUACUUCCGGGUCGCGGCCGUGACCGGCGCCGGCGUCGGUCAGUACUCGCCGAUUUCGCGCAUGUUCUGCGCCACCAAACCCGAUGCUCCGACUGUGACGGACUCCUUCGUGGGAACUCCAAACUCCGUGACCAUCAGCUUCGCAGAAGGCAAUCUGAACGGCGCAGAACUUGUAUCUUUCAAGGUCUACAUGAAUGAUGGCCUUGGUGGAGCUUUGACCUACAGGGGCAAGGUGACAGACACGUCUUAUCGGUACUACACUGCCACAGGCCUUGUCACUGACCGAACCUACUUGGUGGAGGUCACGGUGGUCAGCACGGCCGCGGAGUCGGACCGUAGCGCCGUGAUGUCGGUGCGCGCCUGCGGCGCGCCCUCUAAGCCCGCGGCGCCGGCUCGCAAGGCUUCCACAUCGAGCACCAUUACUGUGCAGUGGGCUGCACCGGCCGACAACGGCUGCCCGAUGACCGGGUACCGCUUGUACAUCGACACGAAUGGGGACGGUGUGACGGAAGGGGAGAUCUAUCCAGGAGCUGGCGAUGCGACGGAUCCGCUUGACAGCAGCCUUGUUGCCAACGUUCUGGAGUUUCAGAGAACUGGCUUGGUGUCUGGGACCAUCUAUGGCUUCAAGCUCCGAGCCUACAAUGGCCGUGGCUGGACUGAAAGCGAUUGGUCAAGCAUCAAGGCAGCUGGAGAGCCUGCUCAGAUGGCUACGCCUACACAGGAAGCAUCGGCAGGUAGCAGCACAACCAUUGUGCUGGCCUGGACCGUGCCGAACAUGCAAGGCGGCACUGCGGUGGGCUUCAAGGCUUUCAGGAACGACGGCGACGGCACCAAUAUCAACUCUGCUGCUGAUGCGACCUGUGGAAUGGAAACCAAGCCUGCGCCGCAAACCUGCACCCUUACUGGCCUCAUCGCGGGCGAGACGUACUCUGUCCGGAUGCUUGCCAUCAAUGAUAUUGGAGAAGGCACUUUGUCAGACGCGGCGACCUUGUAUGCAGCGGCGACGCCUGCUCAAAUCACCGACCUCACGAACACUGCCUCCGCUACCACGCCUUCUUUGACUUUCUCGUGGACUGCACCCUCCAGUAACGGGGCCUUCAUCUACAACUAUCAGGGAGAAAUGUAUGACGUUGCGGGUGGAACCACUCAGACUUGGGAUGCUGGCGGUGCUCAAGCCUCGCCUUACACGACGACCAGCGGGGUGGUUCUCACAGGGCUUGGUAUGACUGCGGCGAACCAGUUCAAGUUCCGGGCGAGGGGCGUAAACAAGAUGGGCAGUGGCACAUGGUCGGAGUGGUCUUCAUUGACGGACGCCCCGCGCGGCUUCACGCUGGAUUCUCCAAACACGCCGGCCAACUUCGGCAGGCAUUCUGACACUGCAGUGACUGGUACGAUCAAAAUCGGCUGGGAUGCUCUCACAGCCGGUGACACGGGCGGUGAUGCAGUGGGAUCCAUUACGUAUGAGGUGUAUGCUGGUCCCACCACAGGCACAAUGACACAGCAAACAUUGGGCUCAUCCACGGACACAUUCUACUCGAAGGCCGUGGCCUCUGGCCAGACAUACUACUUCCAGAUGCGCGCGGUGAACAGUGCAGGAUUGGGAUCUGCCUGGGAUGGACCCAUCGGCCUGGUCAGCGCAGAGGUUCCUGGGCAGCCGACCAUUGAUUCAAUUUCCAGCACGACUUCUCAACAGGUUGUGAUCCAAUGGAGUCCGAAUGCUUUCGAUGGAAACUCUGUUGUUCUGAACUAUCUUGUCAGCAAUGACAAUUUCGCGUCGAACAGCGUGACGGUCGUGAACACUCAGACGGACUACACCUAUACUCUCCAGAAUGCAGGUGCCACAGUCAUUUACUACGUCAAGGCAGUGAACUCGGUGGGUGAAAGCACUGCAGCAUCUGCCUCCGUGGUGGUCGCCACCUGA